UGCUCGCGGACGGCGGUUAGCUAUGACUGUAGCGGAGGCAGAAUUCCCCUCGACAAAACCCCUCUUAUGAUACCGUCCGGGCUGCUGGCGGCGACGAAACGAGCGACAGAAGUGGCGAGGUUCCUCCCUACGUUAGUUUGUCCGAGCGGCGCUCUAUCAGAGACAUGGGAUUACACCCGCUGGAAUUCAGCGAGUGCUAUCUGGACAGCCCGAGCUUCAGGGAGAAAAUCAAGGCGCACGAAGCGGAGCUGGAUAAAACAAACCGAUUCAUCAAAGAGCUGUACAAGGAUGGGAAGAACCUCAUCAACGCAACCAAGCAGCUUAGUAUGGCACAGCGAAAGUUUGCCCAGUGCUUGGGAGAAUUUCAUUUUGAGUACAUUGGAGAUGCGAAGACAGAUGAUGAGAAAUGUAUUGAUGAAUCGAUGCAGGAGUUUUCUUUAUUCCUUAAGAACCUUGAAGACCAUAGAGAGCUAAUGAUGAGAAACAUCACAGAAACAUUAAUGAAACCCCUGGAGAAGUUCAGGAAAGAACAACUGGGCGCAGCGAGGGCGGAGAGAAAGAAGUAUGAGAAGGAAACCGAGAAGUACUAUAGCUCCUUGGAGAAGCUUUUAAACAUGUCAGCAAAGAAGAAGGAGCCACAGCUACAGGAGGCAGACAUCCAAGUGGAGACUAUGAGACAGCACUUUCAGGAGGAGUCACUGGACUAUGUGUGCAAACUGCAGGAGAUCCAAGAGAGGAAGAAGUUUGAGUGUGUGGAACCAAUGCUGGCCUUCUUUCAGACGGUUUUCACCCUUUACCACCAGGGCUUUGAGCUGGCCAAUGACUUCAACCACUACAAAAGAGCACUCCAGAUUAAUAUUCAGAAUACAAGGAGUCGGUUUGAGGGCGCGAGGUCUGAGGUGUAUGAGCUAAUGAAGAGGAUCAGAGAGGCGCCCCAGGAAUAUAGGCAAACCAGCCCCAUCAGCAGCGAAGGCUACCUCUACGUACAGGAGAAAAGGCCACCUCCCUUUGGUUCAAGUUGGGUGAAACGCUACUGCACAUUUGUUAAGGAGCAGAAGAUACUGCACAUGGUGACCUUUGACCACAGAUCUGGUGGAAAGAUUGGUGAGACGGAGUCUGUCACUCUCAAGUCCUGUGUCCGCAAAACAACAGAUGUGUUGGACAGGAGGUUCUGCUUUGACCUUGAUAUAACAGAUCGUCCAGGGACAGUCCUCACUGUACAAGCCCUGUCAGAGGAUGACCACAAGUUUUGGAUGCAGGCCAUGGGUGGGAAAGAGCCAAUUGGGCAUUAUCUUGGAAGGACUUAUUCAAAAGAGAGGGGAAUUGAUGCCCAGCUGGAUGUGGUGGGCAUGUCUUUUGUGAAGAACUCCAUCAGCGCCAUAGAGAACAGAGGUAUCAAUGACCAGGGCCUCUACAGAGUGGUAGGAGUUAGCUCCAAGGUCCAGAAGCUCGUGUCACUAAUGAUUGAUGAGAAGAGCAAUGAAGUGGAUCUGUCCACCAGUGAGGACUGGGACGUUAAAACCAUAACCAGUGCACUAAAACUUUAUCUGAGGAGCCUUCCAGAGCCAUUGAUGACCUAUGGACUUUACAAAGAGUUCAUCAGUCCUGCAAAGAGUGGUAGUCCAGAGUCUCGUAUCCAAGCCAUCCACUGCCUGAUCCACAAACUGCCCGAGAGGAACCGGCAGGUUCUGGGACUUCUUAUGAAGCAUCUGGCCAAUGUGGCUGAGCACAGUAAGCAGAACCUGAUGACGGUGGCCAACCUGGGCGUUGUGUUUGGCCCCACUCUGAUGAGGCCGCAGGAAGAGACGGUAGCUGCCAUCAUGGACCUGAAGUUUCAGAACAUUGUGGUGGAGAUUCUCAUCGAGCAGCACCAGAAGAUUUUCACAGAUGCCCCCGAGUCGUGCCCUCCUCCACCUGCUGCUCCAGGCGUCUCUGCUCCCACAAGGCAGUCCAAGAAGCAGACUCGCACGAACCGCCCCCUGGCAGUCUAUAAUCCACAAGCCUUAGACAUUCAGACUGUAUCUGCAGUAGGAGAUUGUUCCAACGCGGCCGCAGAAGAAACAUCAAUGGGAAGCAACGAGUCCGUGUCGUCCCAGUCCUCCACGGCCUCGACUUCAGAGACGCCCCCGGAGAAGAGUGAUCAUACCCUGAUCAACACCAGCCUCAGCUCAAGCAGCACCGGGGCCAGCGCAGCAGUAGCAUCCUGGACGGAGUCUGGCGCCUCCGGAGAUUCCAAACAUAGUGGCACUGCUGUCACCGCUGAUGGAGACAAGCUGGAGGAGAGUGUCACCGGCAGGAAAGCUAAGGCAGUGUACCCGUGCGAGGCCGAGCACGACUCUGAGCUCUCCUUCCAGGUCGGGGCAAUAUUCAACGCCGUGACGCCAUCCAGGGAACCCGGCUGGCUGGAGGGAGAACUAGAGGGAAAGAGGGGCCUGAUCCCGGAAAACUACGUGGAGAUGCUCUAGCCUCGACCUCAUAAGCUGCAUGGAUGCUGUGGCCUCGAGCCGAAUCCUAUACGGAAGCGCAGUAGCUCUAAAGAGCACAUCCAGAUCUUUUUUUUGGGGGGGGGGGGAUGGUGUAGCCUCCACUUGUCCAUACAAACCUCACACCUCUUUCUCCCAAACAGGCAUAAUGAUGUGACAGUAUGAAAAUAUAUUUCAUAGUUGCUGGUUUUACUACACACCACUUUACUCACUUUUUGCAGGCAAACUGAUGCUGGAGUAUUGGGCGAUGCGCGUGCACGAGCCUCCGAGUUCUUGAAUUGGCUUUUGGUCCGGGGUUUGCUAGGUCUCGUCAGUCGAAGCGGGUACUCGGGAGCAACCUGUCAGUCCUGAUGGAUGUGUAUUAAGAUGACAAUUGAGCCUCUGGAAAACCCUCUGAAAAACACUGACGUGGCCGCACCAUCCGGAGCGCGAGCGUCCGUCUGUUGCACCGCCUCACACUACUUCCUGCCUGCCUGCCUGCCUGCCUGCCUGCCCAGUUUUACAUGGUAUCCAUGAGUUCCAGCACGCUGUCGCCCCCCCCCCCCCCGUGCUCCCAAAACGACCCUCGUGCGUUCGAAUGAUUGUAACGCCUCCGAAUCGGCGCUCGAGCUCUUCGGAGCAAAACGUUCUGUCCCAAAAUUCCCCUUCGGAGGCUCAGCACGACCGGAAGAGACGCCCAUAAUCUCGGACUCGUCGGAGGAAAACGACCGAGAUGACGUAGGUGCCUUAACCACCGAGACAGCUGAAAUGUAUUGGUGCCGCGCGUAGUCAAGCUGGCGAGCGAACCGACCUUAGUCAUGAGAUGUUGCAUGCACUGUUAUUUAAAAGAUUGUGUUGUUCAUCACGAGACACGUUGAUAUUAUAUUUUGGGAUGUUUAAUUGGCACAUUGAUUGCAUGUCUUAUAUACGAUUUUAGAAAAAAAAAAAGGCUUUUGUUUUACCGAACCCGGAUCGGCGACGUCCGACACGCUCCUCGACGCGGUGCCUUGGUUCUACCAGGUCCGGCCCGCCUCGGCUAGGGACGGCCCGCCGCGUGGCGAGAGGAGCUUCCGGAAGGGCGGGAACUAGAGUUCAAGGCCGGUUUGUUAGCCAUCGCAGGCCCUCGCCUGCGGGUGGCGCGGAAUAGUUUCUAUUUUAUUAAAGAAGUGUUUUCUAAUGUGCGCGGACGCUGCUCGGUCAUUUCCGGGCAGAGAACCGAGACCCCGCCGGAGCGCGUGCGCGGUGGUCUCGUUAGACGAUCUCUAAUCGAAUAAAUGACGACGCGAUAAAUCAAGGUUUCAUUACGGACAGCGACCGCGAAAUGCAGUAUUUUAAAGUUUUAUGCCUGUUCCGUGUCUUAAAGAGAAAGAGAUAGCUUUGAAUGCCAAGUGUGUUUUUAAGAGUCUCCCUGUAGUGGUUCUGAAGUUGGUGUGUCGCAUUUGAAUUAUUUUUUUUUAAAGUUUGUAAGCAUACACACAUCACUUGCAUUUAUCCCUCUGCCAUUCGACAAAAGACGUUUUCAUUUUUCUAAGAGCUUUUGUUCAAUGGAUUGUUUUUGUCUUCAGCCGCAAUUGCAAUAAUUUAAGACUUUGAUUCAUGACGUUUGGAAAGGCUCUUGGCAGCGGUUCAUCAUUUUUAUAACAUUGGAUGUCUUCUUGAUCAAUGUUAA